AUGGAGCGCGAGGACCAAAUGGACUUCAAAUCAGAACUGAAGUCCAUAACUACACUGCUACGUCAACAAAGCUCAAGAUUUGAUGACUUCGAAAAAAUCGCCGUGGAUUUUACCUCUAUUAAAAGUCGCCUAGAGGAUAUACAGGCCACCAACAAACUGCUACUCGAGGACCAUCGUAAACUCGCGGCUGAGUUGAUCGACAUAAAACAACGCGAAGACGUCACCAACGCCAGGGUUGAUUCCAUCGAAGCUAAACUGACGACCACCACCGCAACUAUCGGAGAGCUUACUCAACAGUUGCGCCUCAAGGACCAACAGUCACGUAUGAACAACCUUGAAAUCUCUGGGAUACCUCAGCUGAGCGGAGAAAAUCUUCAGACCAUUCUACAAAACAUAGCAGUCAAGGUUGGGUAUACGCUGAGAGAAACAGAUGUUGAUUAUAUUCACCGGAGGAAAAGCGAUAUGUUAGCUGCCGUCCGUGUGCGCCGAGGCUUGACCACUGCUGAUGCCGGCAUUGACGGAGCCGCCAAGCCUAUCUUCGUGAACGAGCACCUGGCCCCCCACAACAAGGUGCUGCAUGGCCGUGCGAGACGCCUAGGUAAAGAACUUGGUUACAAGUACAUCUACACCCGCGAUUGCAAAAUUUUCUUACGUAAAACCGACAUCUCGAAGCCUUUCCCUAUACUAUCUGAAGAAGAUUUAGUUAAAAUAGUUUGA